UGUUACUGCAUGUUGCCUCAUGCCAUGAAGGCUUCGAUUAUCAACCUGUUACAUAAGUGACUUGGUGAAUUGAAUCCCGCAGGAGUUCCUUACGCCUAUAUAUAUAUGUUCGGUGCCCAAUUGCACAGUCGGUCGCCUAUCCCAGCACUAUACUGCAAUGUACCAAUUCAUCAAAAAAGUCUCAGAACAAUGCGGUAUUCCUUUCUGCACCAUAUCGGAAUACCUUGGAAACUCUUUCAGCGUUGUAUUUGAAGGGCUCAAAAAACUGUUUCCGCCACCCAGUGAAGCUCCUGGUCAUGAGAAGCGCAUGGCCAUGACGAACGCCGUUUUUGAUCGCGUCGAGGAAUAUUCUUUGCAGGUCGUCGGCGAGCUCGGAGUGAGCAAGAAACGCCUUCAAAGUGUGACGAGUUCUCUCAAAUCAGGUGUCAAACAUAUUGUGACCAUCGGAGAUUUUAGGGAGCAGCAUUCAUACCUUGCGUGGCUUCCGGACAUUGUGAUUGCCAUGCUACUUUCCCAAGGGUUUCUUUCUAUGAUUCUCCAGAUAGUGAAGGGUACGAUUUUGUACAGUUGUAACUUGUAACACAUCAAUACUGAUAACAUUUUUAGGUAAAUUUGUUAUGUGGUUGCUAUGGUACUUAAUUGACCUCGUCGUGCGAAAGCGUAGGUAGUUCGCGGUGCAGUGCUUCACUAUGAUGGGAGGAGCGCGCGCGGGGCUGUAGAGCUGGUACGAGGUUCUGUGAAUGUUUGGUCCGUGACUGAAACCCUCGAUCGGGCCUGUUACGUUUGUACAAAUAUUACUUACAUGCACAUUAUUUGA